UUGGGUGUGUCGUUGUGAGCAGUCAGAGAUCAGACCCAACACAAGACGCUGGAAUGUCUGCCAUGAGGACAGAAGAUGCUGCUGACGGGAAGAGCACAGCUAACGGUGGAGGAGUCGUGUGUGACGAGAGAGGCGUCACCGUCCUCAGGCCUACAGAUCUCUCCGAGAUGUUGGCGGCAGGAACCAAAGAAGUUCACGAGAAGGCCGAAAACACAGAGUUUGUCAAAGACUUCCUGAGGGGACGCAUCCGCAAAGAGCUCUUUAAGCUCGGUCACGUGGCUUUGUUCUUCACGUAUUCGGCGAUGGAAGAGCAGAUCGAGAGAAAUAAAGAGCAUCCUCACUUGGCGGCGCUCUACUUCCCUCAUGAGCUGCACCGGCGGGACGCUCUGGCUCGGGAUCUGCAGUACUUCUACGGCGAGGGCUGGCAGAACCAGAUCAGCAUCUCUCCUGCCACACAGCGCUACGUGGAGCGCAUCCAGCAGAUCGGUCAGGACGAGCCCGCGCUUCUGGUGGCUCACGCUUACACCCGCUACAUGGGAGACCUCUCGGGCGGCCAGGUGCUGAGGAAGGUGGCCCAGCGCGCCAUGAAGCUGCCGCACACAGGAGAAGGGCUGAACUUCUACGAGUUCGACGGCAUCCACAGCGCCAAGGCCUUCAAACAGCUGUACCGCAGCCGGAUGAACGAGCUGGAGCUGGACACACACACCAAGCAGAAGAUCGUGGAGGAGGCCGUCCUGGCCUUUCAGUUCAAUAUGGAGAUUUUUGGAGAACUAGAGGAGGUUGGAAAAACCCUUCAGGAUGAUGUUUUGGAUGCUGCUCCUGCACAUGGAGAGAUGCAAGGAGACAUCAGCCAGUGUCCUUACUAUGCGGCCAAAACGGCUGCCAGCGGCGGAUCAUCUUACAUUUGUCAAAUGGCCAAGACCGUGCUUAAAAAUCCUUCCGGUCAAGUCCUGUUGGCCGCCUGGAUCGCUGCUCUAGCCGGAUUGGCUGCUUGGUACCUCAUGUGACCUCCUGUUACCCAAUGAGAGGAGAAAAGGGUCAGAUAAUAGACGAGAACAAAUAGUUUGUUCUGCUUUAAAGUCGUGAGGCAUUCCAACGCAUUUCCCUCUUAGUGCAUCCCAUUUGCCCCCUUGUUCCUGGGUAAGCGUGAUUAAUUCUUAAUGUAUGAACAUAGCAUAGUUCAUGCAUAGUGGGUGAUUGUGGGAGUCGUUACUAAUGCACCUGGCAGUGUUGAUGAAGUUAAAGGAGUAACUUUGCUGAAACUGUACUCACCCUCGGGUCACUCAAGAGGUUGUUUGUUUAGUCAUUGGAUCAGAUUUGAAGAAAUGUAGCAUCGCAUCACUUGUACCCCAGUGGAUCCUCUGCAGUGAAUGGGUGCCGCUGUCAGAAUGAGAGUCCAAACAGUCAGAUAGUCCCGUUUUCCUCUCACAUCAUAUUUACUUCAAACUGAUUUGGACUGUUUUUGAUUGUAAACGGUGCUUGAUCUGUGCAUAUUUCUCACCUGAUUCAGAUGAACUUUUUCACUGGAGAAAGUAAUAUUAUGGCUUAUGGACUCGUAUUUUAGCCGAAAGAAAUGGUUUGAAGUUACAGAUGUCUUCAUGAUGGAUUUGUUUCUUACAAACACACUUUUUUCACUUUACAAGACAUUAACUGAUGGACUGGAGUGGUGUGGAUUGUGAUGUUUUUAUCAGCUGUUUGGACUCUCAUUCUGACGGCACCC